AUAAAUCGUCUUCUCUCCAUUUCCUUGUCGAUUUUUUUUAGUACUAUUUACCGAAAUGUACGUCAAUAAUUUAUAAGUAGCUGAUUCUCAACACACACAUUCACAGUUUCACAGUCUAUUUCUCUCUCCUCUUUCCUCUAGGGUUUGUAGAGCGGUGAAAGGGUGUUGUUAUAUUCUAUCACGUAUGGCUCGUUUCGUUUGAUAUGUAGAAGAAAUUUCGUUUUGUUUUCUUUUGUUAAGCUCGUUGAUUUAUUGAUUUUUAGUUUUCUUCGUUUUAUUUGUGAAUGAAAAAUUGAAGAUUGGAAAUGAUAUGGAGUGGAGGUGGUGAAUUUAAUGGCAAUUUGUCGUUUGACAUUUUCUCUCAAUUGUUUAGGCAUGAGUUUUGGAUCUCUGUUGACAUCCGCAGUUUUGGACUCCUCGCAUUUUUAGGGAAUCUCAGGUGAUGUUGCUGCCUAUCGCACUCGUUUUCAGCGUUUGUUGAUGUGAAAUACCAUCAAAUAGCAGCUUUUACUUCUUUGGGGCUGAGCACAAGAAAGAAUGGGGGCUGCUUGUUGUGUUGCUGCUAAUGGUAAAACUGUCACAAACAGGUCUCCUGGUGAAAAUUUGCAGAGGCAUGUGCACCAUUCACCGAGUUGGAGCUUCAGAUGGGAUAACCGUGGACGAGUAGCUGGGGAAGAGACCCAUUCAAACUGGGCCGGUGAUGAAGUUUGUGGGAACAGUAGAAUUGGAGCGAAAUUUGGAGCAACUGUUGAAGCUGCCUUUGCUUCUGAGGAGGGUAGCCCGUUUGAUGGCACCAGGUCAAAUACUUGGCGGAAGUCUCCACUUUCUGAAGGAAAUAGUGGAACUUUAAGGCUGCAAUCUUCUGAUUUAUUAGUUGAAUCACUCAACAACAACAACAACAUACCCAGUAUAUUCCCAACAGAUCAAGCUGUUCCACAGAAUAUUCCAGAGAUAAAGGAGCCCACCAAUUCCCCAUCAGUUGCCUACUCACCAUCUCUGAAGCUCUCUCCUUCGGUCCCUUCCCUCUCGUCCAAGUCAGCAUCCCCUUCGUUCUCAACCCCUUUAAGAUGGCACCAACACAGCAGAAUACCCAAAUCGCCCUCCUUCUCGAUAUCCGAGGAGCCGCCCUCGUCUCUCCAGGCAGCUCCUUCCUGGGGAAAUGACUCCAACGGUGGGUCCUCCGACAGCUGGUCGAUACCCGCUGCUCGUGAAAGGUGGUCCUUCGACAGCGAGGCAUCGGGCCCCAGCAGGGACAGAUUCACGAGGUUCAGUAGGCCCCACUCGAGCUCGCCAUCUCUCGAUUUUCAAACUUGUGGGAUUUGUACUCGGCUUUUGACAGAGGGGUCCUCGUUCGGGCAGAAGCUGAUGUAUGCGGUGAACGAGCUGGCGGUGGUCUCGGUUCUGACGUGCGGGCACGUGUACCAUUCGGAGUGCUUGGAGUAUAUGACUUUAGAGAUUGACAAAUAUGACCCUACCUGCCCGGUUUGUACGUUUGGGGAGAAACGGGCUGUGAAGAUGAUGUUGUCUGAGAAGGCGAUGAGGGGCGAGACGGAUUCCAAGGCCCGGAGAAAGUCGAGGAAACGAGUGGUGAGCAGUGAUUUCAGUGGGGAGAUUGUGUUUGAUCGGUCCAUCAGUGGUGGUGGUGGGCCCGAUGGGAGGGGACUCAAGAUUGGUUCGGGCUCGACGAGGAAGCCGUUUUUGAGACGACACUUCUCGUUUGGUGCGAAGACAAGUAGUAGGCAGUCUACGGACCGUCAGUCUAGUAAUCCGAGGAAGGGGGCUGCAAACGAAUGCUCGAUUCAAAGCUCGGUUCGAGCUCGAGCCGUGCUGCGGCUUGAGCAUGUCAUCGAGUCGAUCUCGAGCAUAGAUAUCAAUGGGAAGAACGGUGUGCCAAGUGGAGAGAGAAGGCCAUCGACUCAUCGGCAACUUCUCCGAGAAAAUCCAGAUAAUAGGAAUAGCUACUGCUGAAGAAGACACUGUAAAGAAAAGCGAUCAUACUAUAAUGGAGUUUCUCUUAAUUCGUUAUUAUUAUAGAGG